UCGGCCCACAGAGCGAACCAUUCUGGAUCCGUAAUUUAAAUUCACUGAGUGAAGUUGCUACGAGUAAUAUUGGCUCGGUUAUUCAAUUUCCCUUCCAGAGUUGUUGCCGUUCGGUCUAUGAAACAAUGGAAGACUUUGAGGAGUUGAAGUCUGACUGCAGUGUUGAUUCUAAUGAACUACCACCAAUGCCGCCAUUGAUGAAGUUAAAGGGGAAUGUGCUACUCCAACUUUCUAGACAGCAUGGCCAAUCGUCGGUUCCACCAUUUUCUGAGUCAAACAUUGGCGAAGAAAACACGGCGAAAGCGUCGUGUAUGAGAUCCGCUUCACUGGAAAACAGAGAAGACACGAGUAAUACACCCCCUGAGGAUACCAGUAGCAUAUUUCCUGUUUCUCCUCCGCCAUUGAUAAAACGGGCGUGGAACACAAUUCUUUCGGCGCGUAUUUCUAAUCGUCAACCAGCUUUCAAUACGACACAUGGAACUGACCGCAAAAGCGAAAGGGAUGAAGCUACGUCUAGUGCACCGUCAGAACUGGAAGACGUCGAGAACCGGACUUCUGCGUUCAGCGCGUAUGAUAAACGUAUUUCGCCUAUGAAACCAUCUUCUCAGUUUAAAAUGGACGUCUUAACUCCAGACACAGAGUCAAAUACUGGAGUUUCUGCUGGAAGAACACGUGAAGCAUGGGAACAACCUGAUUCGUGUGCCAAGCCGGUUGAACACAGACGUCCUGUCCAACAAAUAUCUGAUUCUGCUAAGGUUAUGGCUCAGAGUCAGAAUCCGUACAAGCGGUCUAAAUGUAAGACAUCACAAAGGUGCCAGUUUUGCAAGAAGGAGUUUAAGAACGUUUCUCACCUCCGCGACCAUGAACGUAUUCACACUGGAGAUCGACCUUUCAAGUGUGAUGUAUGCGGGAUGUCUUUCACUCAGUCAAGCAAUCUAUGUACUCAUAAACGUACGCAUACUGGAGAUCGACCAUUCAAGUGUGAUGUAUGCGGGAUGUCUUUCUCUCACUCAUGCACUCUAUGUGUUCAUAAACGUGCUCAUACCGGAGAGAGACCGCACAAGUGUAAGACAUGUGGCGCGUCAUUCACAGAAUCAUCCGGUUUACGAAGACAUGGACGUAUCCAUUCAGGAGAAAGACCUUUUACGUGCAAGACAUGUGGAAGGUCAUUCAACCGGUUACACCAUCUACGUCAUCAUGAACGUAUUAUUAUUAUUAUUAUUACUUGCAUGUACGCGUUGGAGUCAACCAUGCAAGCAUGA